AGAGCUGAAAACCUAGCUCUGAAGCUUUUGGAGUUGGAAAGGCGCUUACAAAUACCAUACAUUUGGGUCAGCUAUCAUAAUCUAUAUAUAAAUACUGAACCAGGUGCUUUGUGACAUUUUUACCGUGUAUUCAAGAAGUUAAAGAACAUGGUUGCAGCAUCAAAAGCCAACAGUAACAAAGUGGUGAAGAAGGACAAGAAGACAGCCGCUGCUGCUAAUAAGAGAAGAAACAGAGUGCCCAUUAGUUGUACAAUAUGUCGGAGAAGGAAAGUCAAGUGUGAUAAGAAAAGACCAGUGUGCACAGCGUGUCACCGAACUGGUGUAGCACAUCUUUGUCAUUAUAUUGAUCCGCCUUGGGCUCAACCUUUACAAAAUUCAGAGAUAAAUCCACCUCAAGAACCGGAAAGUGAGGUUGAAAGAUUGAAAGAAAAGAUCAGACAGUUGGAGAGUCAACUCUUCCCAAAUGAAGACCAUUUACCUUCACCUAAUGAAGAGGCUGAUGAUCAUGAAAGUAAUUCAAGUCAUGAACACAACAUAUCCACAGAUUCACUCCCCAAUGAAGCACUUAACCUUGGGAAAAAAUUCGAUAUGUUACAUAUAAAAUCAACAACUACUGUUCAUUUGGGUGCUACGUCGUGGUUGGCUAUCAUGAAAGGUGAUCCAUAUCUACGAGUUUUAUGGGCUCAUAUUUUCAAAAUGAGGAAGAAGGUUGAAGAGAUGAAGUUUAAAGAUAAAAUGAUUAGACAUCAACAGGAGCAAGAACAGGUACGCGAGGGUAAAAAAUUAUCUACUUCACAAGUUUGUCCAGUAUCUGGUAAAGAUAAUUCUACAGGUGGUCAAUGUCCUGUUAGUCAUAGUCUUAAUUAUAAUGAAUCUGUCACUGAAUCAAGUUCUUGUCCAGUUAUGAGCACAGCUUCAAUAUCAAUCAGUAAAUGCCCAGUGUCUCACGUUAGAUCUGAAACCAUGACAAGAGAGGUUCGUAAAGCUGAAGACGAGGGAGAUGAUGAAACAAUGGAUGAAAAUAACACACCAGAGACUGAAACUUCAAGUGAUCAUAACAACAAAUUACAUGAAAAAGUUUGUCCAUUAAUGAUUGGUGAUACUUCUUUUAUGGAUGAUUUCAAUGCUCAUAAUGCUUCAAGUUGUCCUGUCAUCAAAGAUAAGAAAACUAAGAAAAGAAGAAGAAGCUCAUCUAAAAGUGAGUCCAGUGGGAAAACUGAACCAAAACUUUCAGAUAAAGAAGCAGCUUUACAAUAUGCACAGAACCCUGUAAUGAUGCUUGAAAAAUAUUUACCAAAGAAGAAAGUUUUAUGGUUACAUAUCAAAAGAUUCUUUGAAGUGUUGUAUGUUUAUAUGCCAUAUGUUGAUGAGCCUUCAUUUAUUGAAGAGUUGAAAUACAUUUUUGGUGAAGAAGAUGAUGAAGAUCAGACAAUAAAGAUCAAGAUAAGAAGUGGUGUUGAUUUUGCGUUAGUUGGUACUGUAUGUAUUAUUGCUAGAUUAUCAUGGCAUACAUUACCUAUGAAUAAUUCUGCAAAAUUAUUGAAAAAAUCAUCAAAUCAUUCCAAAAAUUACCAAGAAGAUCAAUCAAUUAUACAGUUUUUGCAAAAACCUGAGAAUGAAAUUCCUUUGAAAUUAGUUGAUUGUGUGAAACAAUGUUUUUCGAAUUUAAAAUUAAUGAGAAAAUCAAGUUUAAAAAUUGUUCAGUGUGCUCUUUAUAUGAGAUUAUAUUUCAUGUAUUCCCCUGAUGAUGGUGAAGGUGCAGAUGGUGGUGAUUCUCAAAUAUUUUUGGGAAUGAUUAUUCAAAUGGCUAUAAGUAUUGGACUUCAUCGUGAUCCUAAAAAUUUUGAAAAUUUUAGUAAUGAAAGACAAAGACAUUUAUGGAGGAAAAUUUGGUUUAAAUUAAUAUCAUUGGAUGUUACACAAAGUAUGAAUCUUGGUUGUCCUAGAGCUUUACAAAAUCAUAUUGAGUUUUCUGAUACUGAAUUACCUGGUGAAGUUGAUGAUGACGGUUCAAAUUUGGAGGAAUUUAAAAAUGAUCUAAGAGAAUUAACCAUCAUUAAUAAUAUCCAUACCCAAGCCAAGAUUGAUGACUUGAUUGCAAAGACAAUGAAAGUUUUGUUGAAUGUUAAUAAACCUGCUAGAAGAUUUCAAGUUGACCAAUUGAUUGAUCAAUUAGAGCAAUCGAUUAGUGGUUUUGGUGUUAUUACAGAUAAAUAUGCUUUACCACAGAUUGGCAAGUUAUUGGUUAAUAGAUCGAAGAAUGAACCAUUGUAUGUUUCAGGGGCUAGAGCUAUUGAAUUUAGAUUACAUGUUACUGUGAAUAUGUUGUUAUAUUUAUUGAAUUAUAUUCUUUAUGUUCAUUUUGAACCUCGUGGAUCUCAAGACCAACAGGUUGCUUUGAUUGCCAAAAAUUAUGCUCAAAAGGCUUUGAAUUGUGCAUUGGAGGGUUAUAGAAAUUGUACAUUGUUUUUCGAUUGUGGUGGUGAUUAUUUUGGUCCUGGUUCUGAUAUUGUUUUAGCUCCGUUGCUAUUAUUAGUUGGUCAUCGUUCUAUGCAGUUUAUGGUUUCCUUGAUUUUGAGAUCAAGAUGUGGUCCUUUUAUGAAACCUAGUGUUGUUGAAAAAAGUUCAUUUCCAAUGGUUCCUGAUGAUUCAAAUGAUUCUUCUCAAACGGGUAGUAAUAAUAUUGAUAAUAGAAACUAUGAUUUGAAUAGUGUUGAAAUCAAAGAUGAAAGUGAACAAUAUGUAUCUGCUUUCAAUGUUGAUGUUAAUUCUGGAGAAGCUUUGGCCACUAUUUUACUGAGUCAUAUGGAUAGCUUCCAUAAGUUGGCUGAAACUUUGGGCCAAAAAUAUUCAUAUAGUUGGAGAAUGGGUAAAGCAGUUGGGUUUUUUGUAACUUUGUUGAAAAAACCUGUGAAUAUCGUUAAGGAUUUGGUGAAGACGGAAAAUCUUAAGGAUGUUGAAGCUGAUAAGGGUGUAUCAAAUGUUUUGAACGCAGUUCCGUUAGUUUUAUCAACUGAUGAGGAAAAGAAGGCCAAAACCAAACCUCUCACAUCGAAACUUGAUGAGAAACCGCAAGGUCAAGAAUCUCAACCAACACAAUCAAAUUUCAAUCAAUCAAACUUGUUCAAUCCAUUUUUCGAGAAUUUAGAAGCUAAUUUAAUCAAUCCAAAUUUAGAUGAUGCAACAAUGGUGGACCAAUUUAAGAAUGAUUUACAACAAUCAGAGAACUUUUUGAGCUUUAAGGAUCCUUCACAAUCAAUGGGCGAGACUUUUGGGUUUACAGGAUUACCAGACUUGGAUCUUUUACAAGGUAGUUCAUCUUUAGAUAAUUUCAUGACUGGUUUACAAGAAGAUAAAGAUGGUUUAAAUAGUAUGGGUGAUGGAGCUGGAUCAGCUGUUGAUUUUAAUAACAUGAUGUCAAGUAGCUGGUUUAGCUGAAUUAAUUAAUUAUGAGAUAUGAAAAUGGGAAAAUAUAUGG